AUGAGUGACAAACAUAUAACAGACAGGGAAUUUCAAAUCGGAGAUAAAGUUUACUUGAAGCUCCAGCCAUACAAACAAACAUCGCUGGCCCUGCGAAGAAAUUUGAAGCUUGCUGCCCGAUAUUUUGGACCCUACAAAAUUCAAAACAGAAUUGGUCAGGUUGCUUAUAAAUUAGAUUUUCCUGCAAAUUCGAAAAUACAUCCAGUCUUCCACAUGAGUUUACUUAAGAAGAAAGUAGGGAAAAAGGGACUUAUCUCGAUCGAUCCUCCAGAGGUAGCGUCGGAUGGACAACUGAAGAUUUACCCACCCCUUGUUUUGGAUCAACAAGAGAGAAGUUUGGAUGGUGAGUCAGCAUUAGGCAGUUAUUUUGUUAGAUAUGUUGUUUUGACAGCUGCUCAAAGAGUGAAGGAGACUUUAUCCAAUUCCGAUGAGAAUUCGAAAUCUGCCUACUGUGAUAGCAAUGCUUUCAAGCGAUUAAGAUCUGAAAAGAACUACCCUAUCAAAAAACGCAAGUUCUUACACUAUAGCUCAGUAUCAAAUUCAGAUGGAGGAAUCAGCAGUGAGGGCAUUUCCAAUUCACCUGAAGAGAGAUUCAAUGGAAAUGUUUCAGGUGUAUAUCCAAAGACGCGAGGAGUCACUGGAGAAUCACCUUCAUUAGCAGACCAACGCAAAUCAUUCCACUCUCGGGAUUCUCACUUGAAGUUUAGGAUCAAAUCUUUCAAGGUGCCAGAAUUGUUUAUUGAAAUUCCAGAAUCUGCAACUGUUGGUUCAUUGAAGAGGACUGUUAUGGAGGCAGUGACAGCAGUACUUGGAGUUGGACUGUGCAUUGGUAUACUUUUUCGAGGAAAGAAGGUUAGAGAUGACAAUAAAACUCUUCUGCAAACGGGAAUUUCUCGUGAUAACCAGAUAGAUGCACUGGGUUUUAGCCUGGAGCCUACACUUCACAAACUUUUCCAUUGCUAUGUACUGGAGGUUCUCCAAUGACGCUUCCAUGUGACACACCUCUACCUCUUGCUAGGUAUCCAGCAACUCCUGGUUUAGUUAAUUGUGUUACUCAUGAUCCCUUGCCCGACCAUCACAUGCCUAAUUUGGGCAACUUCGUCGAAAGCGAUCAUGAUUAAUCUGCAUCCUCGCCUACUGACAUGUCAUUUGACAAAAGCACAACUGAUUCUAAAGCCCUGGUUGCAGUACCAGCAAUGAGCGUGGGGGCAGUAGAUGUGGCUCCACCUCACAGGAAAUCAAAACGAUCUGAAGUUGUGCAACGUAGAAUUCGUCGACCUUUCUCUGUUGCUGAAGUUGAAGCCCUGGUCCAGGCUGUUGAAAAACUUGGAACUGGAAGGUGGCGCGAUGUUAAAUUAAGAGCUUUUGAUAAUGCGAAGCACCGGACUUCCGUGGAUUUGAAGGUAAGU